AUGCUGUGCCGAAUCGGCGUUGGCAUCCUCGGCGUCCUCAUCGCGGCUUCGGCAGCACCAUGGGCAUACUUCUCGCUCAACCAUUUCGGUGGAUUCGACUGGGGACUCAUGGGAUUCGAGUUGAUCACCAUGCUCGCAGGGAUCUAUGCGAUCUUGCUCGCAAUGGGGAAGUUCCAAUCAGGCUGGGCGAUCGGUGUCACAGCGAUUUCUGGAGCCGUGCUUGUGGCACUGGUGUUCGGUCUCUAUGUCGGAUUUAUCAUGGCGAAACAGACGGAUUUCCCGAGUCUGGCGCCGCUUGCGAAGUACACACUGCUCGGAAGGCUCGCAGCAAUCGCAGGAUUCUUCCUCUUCGCGUCGAUCGCGGUUUUCAUACGAAACAAGGCUGCUUUCCCAUUCAUCAUCAAAUCGGCACUGUGUAUCGCGCCUGUAAUCGCGGCGUUCGCUUUGAUGCGAUUCGACAUCGGUCCAGGCGCGUGGAUCAAUAAUGUGCUCAACACUCCAGCCGGGACAGGGGCAACCUCCGCCGUACUCUCGAUCACACUGGGGUUGUUCUUCAUUAUCCUCGUAUCCGCGGCUGGACACCUCCUGAUCCGCGCCUAUGAAUGCGGGCGUCCUGAGCACCUCGAGAAUCAUUCCUGA